AUCCCUCCCUAAAUUCCUUCACAACUGAAACAGAAAAACAAAACUAGUUCUUAGUCCGAUAGAGUGAGUCGACCUACAAAGCACCAUGGCUUCCUUGGCAACCUUGGCAGCAGUUAACCCAGCCACCAUCAACGGCCUUGGAGGAAGCUCCCUCUCCGGGACUAAGCUCGUCAUCAAGCCCACUUGCCAGACCCUCAGACCCAGAAAUGUCAGGAGUGGUGCUGUGGUGGCCAAGUAUGGUGACAAGAGUGUUUACUUUGACCUCGAGGAUCUGGGCAACACCACUGGAAAAUGGGACUUGUACGGGUCAGAUGCACCCUCACCUUACAACCCUCUUCAGAGCAAGUUCUUUGAGACAUUUGCUGCUCCAUUCACCAAGAGAGGAUUGCUGCUCAAGUUCUUGAUCUUGGGAGGGGCUUCCACCAUCGCUUACGUUAGCGCCAGUGCCCCAGAUGACCUUCUACCCAUCAAGAAGGGGCCACAACUUCCCCCAAAGAUGGGACCCCGUGGCAAGAUCUAAUUUUACUUCUCUGGGAUUUUCAUCUUUGAAACAUGUUCAAUGUAUGUAAUGUAAUUGCUUCUCUACUUUUGUACCUGUAAAGUUUGUCUGAUGUGGGAUUUAAGACCCUGAUUGAUUACUCAAAGAUAUCCUUUCUGGUGCAAUCUAGGGAGCUCUUUCUGUUUUCAUUA